UACCGUUUUGAUGUUAGUACCGUACCAUACCUAAUUGCAGCUUUGAGUUAGUCCGUGUAGCUGUAUUCAAGUAUUGCAGUGAAACAGUAUAUGAUUCCAUCAGAGUAGGUAUAUAUUGCAGUAAGAGCGGUCGCUUCAACUUUAAUGUUAUUUUCAUCUUGCAGAUUAUCGAGUGUAACUAGUAUAUAAGGUACCAUACCGUAAUUACUAUGUCAGUGAAAACGAAAAGGGCAAAGUGCUUUUCACCUGAUGAGAUUGAGGCACUAGUUUCUGGGGUUUCACAACACCGUGAACAAGUUUUUGGGGCUUACUCUCAGAGUGUUACUACACAAAGCAAAAGAGCAGCAUGGAGAGAUAUUUCGAACAAGGUGAAUUCAGUCAAUAUUACAGGGAGUAUUAGAACCGAUAGCCAGAUAGAACACAAGUGGUACGACAUGAAGUCGAAUGCCAAAAAGAGGGUCUCUUUGUACAGGAAAGAUUUAAAAAAAACUGGAGGAGGUACAAUUACUGCAAAACCACCUACAGAGAUGGACUACAGGAUAAUAGCCCUUAUGGGAAAUGAGUCAGUUGAGGGCAUACCAGGUGCUGCAGCAAUCGAAAACUGGCUUUGUCAUGCUGAAACAUCCUCACUUUCGAUGCAAAUUUCUCAAGUCAAUUCAGGUGACACGUACGAAGGAUCAUCAAGUCCAAUAAUUGCAUCUUCGCAACCAUUUGCGUUUGCAGAACAUGAAGACCAAGGCACUGGGGGUGCGCUUCCAUACACUUCAUAUAUUGAAAGUGAAACUUCCUGUCAUGACCAUUCUGCAUCGUCUACAGUCAGCAGCAAAAGAAGCAAAAGAAAAAGAAGACGCUGCGAUGACGAGGCGAGUGACAUUGUCACAAUCCAAAGAGAAAUAAAAGAACUACUGCAUAGUUUGGUAGACUCUCACAAGAAAAUGGAAAAAAGUCUGGCAAAAAUUGCUGAAAAAUAUUGUGACUCAAAAAUAUAGUGACUCAAAAUUGUAGUACCUGUACCUUGUAUAUGGGAUGAUCCAUAAGUGGGCAGGCUGCCAAAAAACUUGAUUAAUACUGUCAAACUACAUUUGGUUCUCUCUGUACAUUUUUUCAUUUAGCCUGGAAUUUCAUUACAAUUCGCACGACUUUUUAUGCUGCCUGUUACUAUUGACCAAUACUCCAAUCCCAUCUUUAAACUAUUAUCGUAAUGUGAACAGGUUUCUAAAUAUGGCACCAAAACAGAAAAUGUGAAUUAAAUACAUAUUGUUAAUUGGAAAUUCCCACGAAAUGAGUAGGCGAUAAGAAAUGUGCUGG